CCGCAGUCUGCCUUCAGCAGCAGUUGGAAUGGAACCUGAACGGGUUAAACACACCGCAGCAGCAUAACCAGUCGAGGCGAGUAGUGAGUCGGUUUCGCGAGUUCACUUGGGGACUGCAUUUUUCCCGUUGCAAUCCGCGCGUCCCGUCAGUUACUAUGUGCAACUUGAUGUGUGCGUACGUCCGAAAGUUCGCUCUGCUCGGAUUCUGUAUCGUGGCGUUUAGCGCGUUUUGGUGGUGCUUCUGUUGCUGUAUUUACACCGCGAUCCUUAACGGAGCUCGAACGGCGGACGAAAGUUGGGAUUGAAACAAAAUAAAAGGUCUUCAAAAACUAUAUCUGCGGUUUAACAACUCAAUGCAGAUCAACGGGGAAUCAAACUGGAAGUCAUAUCCAGUGAGUGAGAGAUAACAACCAUGCAGAAGUGACCGGGAAACAACGGGAAGUUGAAAAGUUCAAAACGAAAAUAAGAGAUCUGCUAGUGUGUGCUGUCGGUAGUUGUUGUUAAAGUUGCCGCCGUGGAACGAAGAUGUUGAUGAAGAAAUUUGCGAAUUGCUGACGGCUGUUUGCUUGCUGAGCGGGCGCGGAAAACAGAUACGAGAAGAAACCAUCCAAAGAGUGCAAGAAGGCUCCUCUGGACUGCACUGGUUGACACAGGCCAGAAGAAAUCAACCCGUGCGUCGUCGUCUUUGCCAUCACCACGUCGCAGCCCAAAACAUCAGAAUCAGGCAGCAUAACCGAUGAUUGUGUUGUGGUCAGCAGCAGCGGACGGCUCUGGGAUUUCAACGGAGGAACAAGAAAGCGAAAACAGUGCCGCUCCUCAUCUCAUCGGUGGUGCUGAAAAUUUGCUCUCUUCAACCACUUAUUCGCGUAAUCCCACCGCGUGCUCAUGAUCCCUCAAACAACAUUAAUUUCGAGCCGUUUAGCCGUGGACUCGUUGUGUGUCUGAAGAGCUUUUGGGUUUUCGAUAAACUUGUUCCCUCUUCACGGUUUGGGUAGCAUAAGUUUUGUGUGUUUUUUUUGAGUUACUCUACUCGGUAGAGCCGGGAGAAAAAGUAAAGUUUGGCCAAGUGUUGUUUCGUGACUGUUUUCGAUGCUGAGUGAGGGCUUUCAAGUGUUUAGAGCUGACGAAACGUAAAUAGUGAGCUGAUUGCAACUCCGUUCUGCAGUUUUUUAUGUGUAGCUUUAAUUUCAGUGGAUCGGUGAUCGGUGAAAAAUCCCGAUCGAUAAAUGGGCGAUAAUUGAGCUUCCGGUGAAGAGGUCGGUAUGCAGGAUGAAACAAAGAGAUUGAACAUUUAUGAAUCUUAUAUCAUCAGUCCAAUAUUUAAGAAGAAUAGAAUCUUAGUUUGAAGGUGCCAAGUUUUUGUGCGAAGUUUGUUUUUUAAAGUGUGAAAUACUCGAAACGAUGAACUGGUGGUUCAAUCAGUAAGCAGUUGCUGUCAUCUGAAGCCGCGUUAAGCCAUCAACCCAUCAAAUCUGGCCAAUUUCGGCACUAGAACUCCGUUCUGGAUGAACGAUGUUCACACUGUCCAAGCUGCCCAAUGCUGAAGAUGAUUCAUCGCCCGACAGUAACAACGGUAGUAGUAACAACAGCAACCACAGUGUUACCACUAGUAGCGCUGUUUCCGGUAGUGAUUCGUCCACUUUCGGUGCCUCUGCGGAAUCUUCGGUUUCCGCUGUUACCGCAUCCGGUCCCACCGCGUGGAAUCUCGAGCUUGACUUACAAAUGAUCGAGGAAGACAUGCAAGUGAUCGACACAAUCGAUCAAAGCUACUGGAACGGGAAAUUCGUUCCUCCUCCUCCACGGCCUCCGUUUCUAGAGGAAUCAAUCGCUCCGGAUGGACUGACCACGUGCGAUCUGUGCAGCUGGGCCUGGCAGGACAAAGGGACGUUAUCACUGGAUGGAGCGAUAAAGGAAAUUUUCUCCCCUGCAGAUACCAAGGAGUUCAGUUGGACGUUCACGCUGGUCGUAGUUUCUCUCACAUCGGCAGUCCUGGGUGCCAUAAUAAUGAUAGUAUUUCUUAGGUGUAAGAGGGUACGAGCCAACCAGAACGGGCUGAGAACAUUGUGUUUCGAUUCAAGCAGUACAAAAGACACUGCAGGGCUCAACUUUGACAACCAAACGUCGAAGAAUUCCACAAACGGAUCCUGUAGUCCCCGAAGUACAAAUUCGGGUCUUUGGACAUGGUUCAGCAGUCGAAAGAAUCUGACAACUCCGGAUCAGUUGGUCAACUCUCACACACUGCCAGUAGAGAACCACUACACUCACAUGGACGAUAACAAUUACAAUCCUGUUCAAAUCGACGAGGCUUCGUAUGCCGAAGUUGGCAACGAAAUGGGACCAUCUGAGACUAACUCUUACAAGUCGAGCUCCGUGCAUCACGGAGGCGACAAUGAUAUUCUUAUCAUGAAUUGUCCAUUGCCAGCGAUCCCGACGGGGACCCAUAGUGGAGGUGCCAGCGGUUCAGGCAGUGCUUAUUACUCGGGGCUGCUCAACAGUGCCAACAUGCCUGGCGACGAAGACGAAGACGAACGGCCUUACGAAAUCGUCGACCUGAAGGAAAUGUCUUCGCCACACAAAAGUCAUAAUGUACAAAGUCAUUUUCUGAACGAGACCAACAAUUUGCUGACGAUCGAGAAGCAUUCCGAAGGUCUACCGGAGGGAACAAUUUCUGCAUCUGAUUAUGUAUAAAUUAUGAUUGGUUAUUUGAAAGCUCAGAAUCCAACGAGUCUGAAUAGCUUUAACUUAAAAAAGAUAUGUAAAAAUAUUUGUUCAACUUGGUUAGAGCAACGACAAAGUCUUAUAAAAUUAAUUUCUUCUUUUGUGUAUACUUUUUCCUUAGAUGUGUGUAUUUAUUGAAAAGACUACUUAAAAAGUAAAUUACGCUAAAUUAUUCAUGCAUUUCAUCAUUUCCGCAAACAAAAUUCAGAGCUUAAACAAUGCAAACAGGUUGAAAACGUGAAAGCAAUCGACUAUAAAUAAGUCUGAGCAAAGCAAUAUUCCGUCACAAAAGCAAAUGCCCAACAAAAAUCCCCCGUCCCAUUCCGUACUUGUAGAAUUGUGUGAUCCUUUAGCCUAGAAAGCCUUAGAAAGCCUCCACGAGUAGCGAAAGUAGAACAAAUUGUAUUUAAAUGUGAAACAUUUUGAUAUUAUAUUCUUUACGAGGAAACAGCGAGGUCGAACCGAGCAAAAACGUAGCAAACAAAUGCAAAAUUAAGGUAGAAGUUUUACAAGUUUUUACAAUAAAUGGAAAACUAGUCGUAAGCGAUGAUCGAACGUAUUUUGCAACCCCAUCGACAGUUAUGGCUCAGCCUAGGGUUAACAAUCAUCAAAGAAAAGAUGCGUAACAUAGUAAAAUAAAACAAAAUCCGGAUAUGCCGUAGAACGCGUCGAUAGGGUCAUUAGUAUUGCACACAUUCUCAUAUACACUGAAAAUAAAUGAAAUUUCCAACUAACUCGAAA